CGUACUGUAGUCGCCCCAUUCUGGCUGCAGGGCAUCGCUGGCAUGCCAGAGUUGGAGGCGCGCAGUAGCAGCAGCAGCGGCGGCGGCGGCAAGACCGGGUUUCUGCCCUGCAGCACCAGCGCCGGCGGGGUGCCCUCUCCUCCCUGUCUCCGGGCAGGACGGCAGCUUAGCGGCUGCUGAUCCUUCCGCCCUCGCUCGGUCCGUCCGUCCCUCCAAUCUCUCUCUCUCUCUCUCAUUGCGCGUGCAAAGGAAGGGGGGGGGAACCGCCAGAGGGGGAGAAAUCCCUGCUUUCAGGGCGAGUUGCCGCCUUCCCGUCUGCUGAGUCAUGGAUUGAGGGUCUGCCUCGCUCUCACACGCGCAGACGUACACGCGCGCCCACACACACACACCGCGGAAAUCACUGACACGUCUCCAGACCGUGCCUGCUGCAGCCAUUGGGAAUCCUUACCCUCGGGCCACCAGGACCAAGGACGGAUCAUGCUCCUCCUCCUCCUCCUCCUCUUCCAGCCGCCCUCAUAGGCAAGCCGCCGCUGCCGCCGCCUUCUCGGGAGGCAGCCGCCUGCCCUCCUGCAGGCUCUCACUCCACAGCAUCCCUUCUUGCUCACCCCCAGCUCCCAAGCCCGCUUCGGCGGCCCGGAAGAGACACCCGUGUCACAGACACACUCACACGCAUUCCCAGGCACCCCUCUCUCUCUCUCUCUCACACAAAUCUCCGCUUGAGCCAUGAUCGCCGCCGCUUUCCUCGUUCUGCUGCGCCCUUACAGCAUCCAGUGUGCCCUCUUCCUCCUCCUGCUGCUGCUGGGGACGAUUGCCACGAUCGUCUUCUUCUGCUGCUGGCACCGCAAGCUCCAGAAAGGGAGGCAUCCCAUCAAAUCCGUCUUUUCGGGCCGCUCAAGGAGCCGAGAUGCUGUCAUGAGAACCCAUCACUUUCGUUCCGAGGGUUUUAGACCAAGUCCACGCCAUAUUAGAAGACGUAUAAUCCCUCGCCUUGAAGAAACACAGCCCCUAGUAGAAGCACGUCAGCUGAGUGAACAAGAAACAUCUGUCAAAAAAAGAAAAAUCAAAAAAGCCAGCAGAGUACAACCGGAAUUCUACCAUUCUGUUCAAGUCACACCAACUCGAAAGCCAAGCUCGGGAAACGCUUCUUACAGAUGCUCCAUGUCGUCCUCUGCGGAUUUUUCUGACGAUGACGAUUUGAGCCAGAAAUCUGGUUCCUUGUCUCCUGCUCCUGGUGACACCCUGCCCUGGAACCUACCUAAACACGAGAGGUCCAAAAGGAAGAUUCAUGGAGGAUCUGUGCUGGAUCCAGCUGAAAGAGCUGUGCUCAGGAUAGCGGAUGAGCGGGAUAAAGUACAAAAGAAAACAUUCACAAAAUGGAUAAACCAGCACCUUAUGAAGGUUCGGAAGCAUGUGAAUGAUCUGUAUGAAGACCUAAGAGAUGGGCAUAACUUGAUUUCUCUUUUAGAAGUUCUCUCAGGAGACACCUUGCCAAGGGAGCGAGAUUUUUUGAAGACCUUACGUUUGGUGAGUUCAACAGAAGCUUGCACGUUUGAACAGCAUGAGGAUGAGGAGGAUGAGGAUAAGGGGCCCAGAGAGAAAGGUCGGAUGCGUUUCCACAGACUACAGAAUGUACAAAUUGCACUUGAUUAUUUGAAAAGACGACAGGUGAAAUUGGUGAACAUUAGAAAUGAUGACAUAACAGAUGGGAAUCCCAAGUUGACUUUGGGAUUGAUAUGGACCAUAAUUUUGCACUUUCAGAUAUCUGAUAUCCAUGUUACUGGAGAGUCAGAGGACAUGUCUGCUAAAGAAAGAUUGCUCCUGUGGACACAGCAGACAACUGAGGGUUAUGCUGGAAUUCGUUGUGAAAAUUUCACUACCUGCUGGCGAGAUGGGAAAUUGUUCAAUGCCAUCAUUCACAAAUACAGGCCGGACCUGAUAGACAUGAAUACCGUUGCUGUUCAAAGCAACCUUGCAAAUUUAGAGCAUGCUUUUUUUGUAGCAGAAAAACUUGGCGUUGCCAGACUUCUGGAUCCCGAAGAUGUUGACGUCUCUUCACCUGAUGAGAAGUCAGUAAUCACUUAUGUGUCAUCACUUUAUGAUGCAUUUCCCAAAGUACCUGAAGGUGGUGAAGGCAUCAGUGCACAUGAUGUUGAAGUCAAGUGGGUUGAAUACCAGAAUAUGGUAAACUACCUCAUCCAGUGGAUCAGACACCAUGCCACAAUUAUGGCUGACAGAGCAUUUCCAAACAAUCCUGUGGAACUCAAGGCACUUUAUAACCAGUAUUUACAAUUUAAAGAAACAGAAAUUCCACCAAAGGAGAUAGAUAAAUCAAAAAUCAAACAUUUAUAUAAAUUACUGGAGGUUUGGAUAGAAUUUGGGCGUAUCAAACUUCCUCAAGGUUAUCAUCCAAAUGACAUAGAGAAAGAAUGGGGGAAACUUAUUAUUGCUAUGUUGGAAAGAGAGAAAAUGCUUCGACCUGAAGUUGAAAGGUUAGAAAUGCUGCAGCAGAUUGCAAACAGAGUGCAGCGAGACAGCCUGAGCUGUGAAGACAAACUAAUACUGGCUCGAAAUUCUGUGCAAUCAGAUGCAAAGCGAUUAGAAUCAGGUCUGCAGUUUCAAAAUGAAGCAGAGAUUGCGGGUUAUCUACUUGAAUGUGAGAAUUUACUGCGCCAGCAAGUCAUGGAUGCCCAGAUUCUCAUUGAUGGAAAAUAUUAUCAAGCAGACCAACUGGUCCAGAGGGUUGCAAAACUUCGAGAUGAGCUUAUGGCCUUAAGAGCAGAUUGUUCCUCUAUCUACAGCAAGGGAAGGACACUGACGACAGAACAGACCAAGAUGAUGAUAUCAGGAAUAACACAAAGCUUAAACUCAGGAUUUGCACCAAACCUAAGCCCUAGUUUAAACUCUGGACUGAACCAGGGCUUAUCACCCUCCUUGACUUCAUCCAGUUUAACAUCAGGUUUAUCAUCAGGUCUUUCUUCAAGACUGACUCCAGCCAUCACCCCUGCAUACACACCAGGUUUUCCACCACGGUUAAUUCAAAGUUAUGUAACUGGAGUUGACACUGGUACACUUCAGACACUCAAACUGAUGCAGGUCCGAAAACCCUUGAUGAAAUCAGCAUUUAUUGAUCAGAAUUUGACGGAGGAGGAAGUCAAUAUGAAAUUUGUUCAGGACCUCUUAAGAUGGGUUGAUGAAAUGCAGGUACAACUUGAUCGAGUUGAAUGGGGUUCGGAUUUGCCAAGUGUUGAAAGCCAUGUGGAAAAUCACAAGAAUGUUCACAAAGCAAUUGAAGAAUUUGAGUCAAGCCUUAAAGAAGCAAAAGUCAGCGAGAUCCAAAUGACUGCUCCCCUUAAACUCAGCUAUGCAGAAAAAUUGCACAAACUGGAAAGCCAAUAUGCAAAACUCUUGAAUACAUCAAGAAAUCAGGAAAGACACCUUGAUACCCUUCACAAUUUUGUAUCACGUGCUACCAGGGAACUUAUUUGGUUGAAUGAGAAAGAGGAGGAGGAGGUUGCAUAUGACUGGAGUGAAAGAAACACAAAUAUAGCAAGGAAAAAGGAGUACCAUGCAGAACUGAUGAGAGAAUUGGAUCAGAAGGAAGAAGUUAUUAAAUCAGUCCAAGAAAUAGCAGAACAGCUGCUCUUCGAAAACCACCCUGCAAGAUUAACUAUUGAGGCUUAUCGAGCUGCAAUGCAAACACAGUGGAGCUGGAUUUUACAGCUUUGCCAAUGUGUUGAACAGCAUCUAAGAGAAAACAUUGCAUAUUUUGAGUUUUUCAAUGAUGCCAAAGAGGCUGCAGAAUACUUGAAGAAUUUAAGAGAUGCUGUACAUCGAAAAUACAGUUGUGAUCGAUCCAGCAGUAUUCAUAAACUGGAAGACCUGAUCCAAGAGUCCAUGGAAGAAAAAGAACAGCUCCUACAGUAUAAGAGCACAGUGGCAGGCCUUGUGGGAAGAGCCAAGACAAUAGUUCAGCUGAAGCCAAGGAACCCUGAUAAUCCACUCAAGACAUCCAUUCCAAUUAAAGCCAUCUGUGACUACAGACAAAUUGAGAUAACCAUUUACAAAGAUGAUGAAUGUGUCCUGGCGAGCAACUCCCAUCGUGCAAAAUGGAAAGUGAUUAGUCCGAGUGGUAAUGAGGCCAUGGUACCCUCUGUGUGUUUUACUGUCCCUCCACCCAACAAAGAAGCAAUAGACACAGCAAACAGAAUUGAGCAGCAGUAUCAGAAUGUCCUUGCUCUGUGGCAUGAAUCACAUAUUAACAUGAAGAGUGUGGUCUCCUGGCACUACUUGACAAAUGAAAUUGAAACAGUUCGAGCUAGUAAUGUUGCUUCGAUAAAAACUCUCUUGCCAGGUGAACAUCAGCAAGUUUUAAGUAACUUGCAGUCCCGCUUUGAUGAUUUUCUUGAAGACAGCCAGGAAUCUAAGGUCUUUUCUGUUGCUGACAUUGCACAGUUGGAAAGGGAGGUGAAUGUCUGCAAGCAGUAUUACCAAGAACUCCUGAAGUCUGCAGAAAGAGAAGAGCAUGAGGAAUCUGUUUACAACCUAUAUAUCUCAGAAGUUCGGAACAUCAGACUUCGUUUGGAGAAUUGUGAAGAUCGUUUGAUAAGGCAGAUUCGAACCCCACUGGAGAGAGAUGACCUGCAUGAAAGCGUGUUUCGGAUUUCAGAACAAGAGAAACUGAAAAAAGAGCUGGACCGACUCAAAGAAGACUUGGAAACCAUCACAGACAAAUGUGAUGACUUCUUUAAUCAAGCUGCUGGUUCACCCUCAGUCCCCACUUUGCGAUCAGAGCUUAACCUUGUGAUUCAGAAUAUGAAUCAGAUUUAUUCAAUGUCUUCCAUUUACAUAGAAAAGUUAAAAACUGUAAAUUUGGUUCUCAAAAACACUCAAGGAGCUGAAGCACUAGUAAAACUGUAUGAGACAAAACUAUGUGAAGAAGAUCCAUUAACUGCUGACAAGAGUAAUAUUGACGGCUUGAUGAAUACAUUAAAGCAAUGGCGAUCAGAGGUUGAUGAAAAAAGAGAAGUAUUCCAUGCCCUUGAAGAUGAACUGCAAAAAGCCAAGGCAAUUAGUGAUCAAAUGUUUAAAACACACAAGGAACGUGACCUUGACUUUGACUGGCACAAAGAGAAGGCAGAUCAGUUAACUGAAAGAUGGCAAAAUGUUCAUUCUCAGAUUGAAAACAGAUUGCGUGAUUUAGAGGGUAUAAAUAAAUCUUUAAAGUACUACAGAGAUAGCUAUGGUGCACUUGAUAACUGGAUUAAACAAGUUGAAGAAACCCAACAAAAGUUUCAGGAAAAUCCACCUCAGAACAGUAAAGCUCUGGCCAAACAACUAAGCCAGCAAAAGAUGUUAGUGUCCGAAAUUGAGAUGAAACAAAAUAAACUAGAUGAAUGCCAGAAACACGCAGAACAAUAUUCAGCUGCAGUAAAGGACUAUGAGUUGCAAACAAUGACAUAUAGAGCCAUGGUUGACUCCCAGCAAAAAUCUCCUGUGAAACGCCGAAGAAUGCAGAGCUCCUCGGAUUUUAUUAUCCAGGAGUUUAUGGAUUUACGGACACGUUAUACAGCUUUGGUAACUUUGAUGACUCAAUAUAUCAAGUUUGUUGGUGAUUCAUUGAAAAGGCUAGAAGAGGAAGAGAAGUCAGUAGAAGAGGAAAAGAAAGAACAUGUUGAGAAGGCUGGGGAUUUGCUGAAAUGGGUGUCAAACAUCACCAAGAGCCUGAGCACAGGGGGAGGAGAGCAGCCUGAAAAAUCACAGUUUCUUAAGAAACAGAUUCCUGCUGAUGAAUUAUCAAGCAAGAAAGAACAAAUAUCAGAGGCUUUGCAAACAGCACAGUCAUUUUUGGUGAAGCAUGGUGAUAAAAUGACAGAGGAAGAGAAAAAUGAAAUGGAAAACCAUGUAAGGUCCCUGCAAGAGGGUUAUAAAUUGUUGUCUAAUGAAGAUUUGAAAAAGUUGCAGGAGGAACAAAGUCUAGAUGAUGAAAAUAUGGAUGAAAAGGACUUGGCAGAACAACACCAGGAAUUCAAAGAGAAGCUACAGGAUAUAUGUGAUCUCCUCACACAGACUGAAAACCAGCUGAUUGGCCACAAAGAAUCUCUUGUUAUUGAAGAUAGCAAGGCAGAGCUUCAACGGUACCAAGCAGAACAGGAGGAGUUGCAAAAAGAUAUGCAAGCAAACACUCAGGCAUUGGCAGAAAUAGUGAAAAAUACGGAAAUGUUCUUGAAAGAAAAUGGAGAAAGACUCCGACAGGAAGACAAGAUUUCUCUUGAAAAGAAGUUGAACGAAGCAAAGACCAAAUGUUUGCUGCUUAGCCAGAAGGCAGAAGAGUCCAGAAAAGAGCUGGAUAAAGCUGUGACAACAGCUAUCAAGCAGGAAACAGAAAAGGUUGCAGCUAGAGAACAACUGGAGGAGAGUAAAAGUACAAUAGAAAAUCUUUUGGACUGGUUGUCAAAUGUAGACGAGGAGGCUGGGCACGGGAAUAAGAAGCCAACAAUCAGACAGAAUGGCACACAUUUCCAAGAAGAGGAUGUGGAGGGUUUGGUUGGAGAGGAAGAUGAAGUCAAUGGUAACUUAUUAGAAAUCCAGCAGGAGAAUGAAACUCAACUAGAUGGACAGCUCAGAGCCUCAGAGGAUAACCUCAACAUGCAGUAUCAGAAAGCUAAGGCUCAACAUGAGAAAAUUAUUUCUCAGCAGCAAGCUGUCAUCAUAGCUACACAAUCUGCCCAAGCUCUGCUCGAGAAGCAAGGGCAUCACCUUUCCCCAGAAGAAAAAGAAAAGAUUCAGAGGAACAUGAAGGAACUGAAGGUGCAGUACGAUGCUGCCUUAGCCGAGUCGGAGCAGAAGCUGAAGUUAACACGUUCCUUGCAAGAGGAGCUUGAAAAGUUCGAUGCAGACUAUGGCGAAUUUGAAAACUGGCUCCAACAGGCAGAGCAGGAGCUCGAGAACCUGGAGACGGGGGCCUCAGACUUUGGUGGCAUUAUUGCCAGACUGAAGAGGCAGAAGAGCUUUUCUGAAGAUGUCAUUUCUCACAAAGGAGACUUGCGCUACAUCACCAUUUCUGGACAGAGAGUAUUGGAUGCUGCCAAGUCAUGUAACAAAAGGGAAGGCGUCAAAUAUGAUAAAGAAGGUAUUGAUACUUCAUCGACUUACACAGAGGUACAGAAUAAAUUAGAUGGCGCAACUGGUCGCUUCAAGUCUCUCUACUCCAAGUGCAGUAUCCUUGGAAAUAACCUCAAAGAUCUGGUGGAUAAAUAUCAGAAUUAUGAGGAUAUCUCAUCUGGACUUCUGUCAGGGCUCCAGGGCUCUGAAGAAGCUGUGAAUAAACACCUGUCCGAACCAGUUGCAGCAGAUCCGAAAAAUCUUCAGAGACAGUUAGAAGAAGCCAAGGUGCUCCAGGGGCAGGUGUCUGGUCAUCAAGUUGCUGUAGAGAAACUGAAGAAAGCGGCUGAACUGCUUUUUGACACUAGAGGAGAACUGCUACCUGACAAAGAUGAAAUCCAGAAUACAAGAGAUACAAUUGUAGAUAAAUUUAACCACUUAUCCAAAGCAGUGAAUGAUCGCAAUGAGAAACUCCAGAUCACUCUGACACGUUCAUUAAGCGUUCAGGAUGGAUUGGAUGAAAUGCUUGAUUGGAUGAAUGGUGUUGAGAAGAGUCUUGAGGACCAAGGUCAAGUGCCUUUGAAUUCUGCUGCUCUUCAGGAUGUGAUCAGUAAAAGUAAAGCACUAGAGCAGGAUAUUCAAGGUCGUCAAAGCAGCUUGAAUGCCAUGAAAGAAAAAAUGAACAAAUUCAUGGAAACAGCAGAUCCAUCUACUGCAUCCUCUUUGCAAGCUAAAAUGAAUGAACUUUCUGAACGGUUUUGUGAAGCAAGUAAUAAGCACAAGAAAAAACGUGAACGAAUGGAAGGAUUGAAAACAAAGGUGGAAUUGUUUGAGUGCCUGUCUGAUAAACUUCAGUCAUUCUUGGACAAGAAAACUCAGGCUUUCAGUGAGGCUGACAUCCCAGGAAAGGAUGUUACUGAGAUGUCCCUAUAUGUGCAGGAAACUAGCACAGAAUUGAAAGAACAGAAGAAAGAUCUUGAAGUUUUGCAACACCUCAUUGAAGAACUUUCUGCUCAUGCUCUUCCUGGGGACAAAUCUUUAGUAUUAGAGAAAGUAAAUGGCCUAUCAAAAAAGUUUAAGGAAAUGGAACAGACCAUACAACAAAAGGAAGAAGAUGUGUCCUCUUGCCAGCAACAAAUGGAUGCAUUCAAGCUUGAUGUAGGGUCUUUAAAGCAAUGGAUAGACAACAUGACUGAAAGAAUUCCAGAUGUGCACUCCUCUUUAAACAUGGACACUUUAAAGAAACACCUGCAAAGCACCAAGAAUUUGGAAGAUGAAUGGAAUUUAAAAGCACCUGAUGUUCAGAAAAUGAUUAGCAGAGGAGCAGUAUUAUGCAACCUGAUUAAUGCUGUGACUUCUCCAGCAAAGUCAAAAGGAGUAAAACCAACUGUAACUGGGACAGUGCUAAAUGGCGAAGGGGCAGCCACAGGUACCCAGGAUUUCCUGUCAAACAAAGAACUGACCACUGUCCAACAAAACAUGUCAACUAUACAACAUAGUUAUGAUGAUUUGGGAGCAGUGCUGAAGGAAAAAAUAUCUGAAUUGGAAUCAAUGCUUUUAAAUAUGCAAAAUAUUCAAGAAGAGUCAAAUUCAAUGAUAGACUGGUUACAGAAAAUGGACACUGCUGCAGCUAAAUGGGAAACAGCUCUUCUUGACACUGAAGCAGUUAAAGAACAAGUGGAGCAACAUAAGCUGUUUGAAACAGAAUUGAAGCAGAAUGAAAAUAAAGUGCAAGAGCUGAAGGACAGAGUCACAGAGCUCUUAGAGAAGAACCAAGAGUCUCCUGAGGCACCAAAAUGGAAACAGAUGUUGAAUAAGAUUGAUUCCAAAUGGAAAGAACUCAGUCAGGUAACAGCUGACAGACAGAAGAAACUGGAAGAGUCAUCAAAUUAUCUGACCCAGUUCCAGACAACUGAGACUCAAUUAAAACAGUGGCUAGCGGAAAAAGAAUUAAUGAUCAGUGUGCUGGGACCACUGUCAGUUGAUCCAAAUAUGCUGAACACCCAGAAACAGCAAGUUCAGAUUUUGCUCAAAGAGUUUGAUACUCGAAAGCCCCAAUAUGAACAGUUAAGUACAGCAGGACAAGGAAUACUGGAAAGACCGGGUGAACACCCACCAUCUCAUGAAACAGUGAAGCAACAGCUAGCCGCUGUAACACAGAAAUGGGGUGACUUAACUGGACAGCUAAGUGACCGACAUGGCCGAAUUCACCAGGCCAUUGUCAAAAGCACAGAAUAUCAAAACUGUCUGAGAAGCCUUUCUGAAAAAUGUAGUGCCCUGGAUAAUAAACUCAGUCAGAGUCUGGCUGUAAGUACAGAACCUGAUGCUGUGAAGCAGCAGCUUGAAUUGGCGCGAGAAGUGAAAGAAGAAAUAGAAAAGGAAAUGCCGAACAUAAAUACUGCUCAAGUUUUGUGUGAGGAAUUGUCAGCGUUGGUAGCUGAAGAUUACUUGAAAGCAGAACUUUCUAGGCAACUAGAUGGUGUCUUAAAACCCUUUAAGGAUAUGGAACAAAAAGCAGGCAAUCACAUUGAACAACUUCAGUCAACUUACGUUAGUUCUCAUCAGUUCCAGCAAAUGUCUAAGGAAUUUCAGGCCUGGUUGGAUAAAAAGAAAGAAGAACAGAGUAAUUUCUGUCCCAUCUCUACCAGGCUCGAGACUUUGUGGUCAUUAAUUGAUGAUCAGAAAGAGUUCAAGAUGACGUUGUCUGACAAGAUUGGUUCUUAUGACAAAAUAAUAGCUGAAGGUGAAAGUUUGCUGCAGAAGAUUCAAGGGGCAGAGAAGGCAGAGCUGCAGUCCCAGUUGAACUUACUUAAAGGUAACUGGGAGGAAAUGAACAAGCAAGUUAAGGAAAGGCAGGAUAAAUUAAAUGAUUGUCUGGAAAAAGCCCUCAGAUACAAAGAGCAUGUAGAAAAUCUGCAACCCUGGAUAGCAAAGUGUCAAAGCUACUUGUCUGAAAUCAAGAUGGGUAUCGAUCCUGUGGAACUAGAGAAUUCCAUCACUCAAGUAAAAGCCUGGCAGAAGGAUUUAGACAAGCAUCAAGGGAUGGUGGAGCUAUUAAAUAAUGCGGCAGAGACUUUUCUCAGUGCUUGUGAGACAGAUAAAGACGUUAUUGAAGAGGAGAAGAAUCUGCUGAUUGAAAAAAUGGAUAAAAUCACAGAAGAAUUGCAAACAAAGCAAGACAGACUGGAAACAAUGUUACAGAAACUGAAAGAGUUUCAAGAAUCAUCCAAGGAAAUUCAAGAGCAGUUGAAGAAUUCCAGGGAGCACCUGGAAGUGCAUGAUGCUCUUAAACCCCAGACGUACAGCAAUAAACAUUUGACAAUAAUGCAGACUCAGCAGAAAGUACUCCAGACCUUAAAGACUCAAGUGGACCUGGCCAAAAAGCUUGCCCAAGAACUAGUGGUGGAUGCUUCGGAUUCAGCAGGUGUCUGUGAUAUCUUAUUGCAAGCAGAAGCAUUGGAAGAAGAGUACAACACUGUCAGCCAGGAGACUGAAGAUAAAUGUUCCUUCCUGGAGACUAAACUCCAAGGAAUUGGCCAUUUCCAAAACACCAUCCGGGAGAUGUUUUCUCAGUUUGCGGAAUUUGAUGAUGAGUUGGAUAGUAUGGCAUCUGUGAGCAGGGAUCUUGUCACACUGCAGGCACAGCGGGAGGAUAUCAAAACAUUCUUGAAAAAAUUAGAGGAGCUCAUAACCAGUAAUGAAAAUGCAAACAAAAUGUGUAAAGCCAUGUUAGCAAGUGAAGCUGAAGCUUCUCCUGAUCUAGUGGGAAUAAAAAGAGACUUAGAGGCUUUAAACAAGCAAUGCAACAAGUUACAUGAUAGAGCAAGAGCUAGAAAAGAACAAAUUGAAGGGACCAUUAACCGUAUGGAAGAAUUCUACAGUAAACUAAAAGGGUUUUCCAGUCUUCUGGUAGAAGCUGAAGAACAUGAAGAUUCCCAAGGUCCUGUUGGAAUGGAAACAGAGACUAUUAAUCAACAGCUGAAUGUAUUUAAGGUAUUUGAGAAAGAAAAGAUUGAGCCAUUGCAGGUUAAGCAACAGGAGGUAAAUUGGUUGGGGCAAGGCCUCAUUCAGAGUGCUGCUAAAAAUGCCAGUACUGAAAACCUUGAGCAUGAUCUUGAGGAUGUUAACACGAGAUGGAAAACUCUCAACAAAAAGGUGGCUCAAAGAGCAGCCCAACUGCAAGAAGCAUUACUACAUUGUGGGAGGUUUCAAGAUGCUCUUGAAUCUAUACUUAGCUGGCUCAUUGACACUGAAGACCUGGUGGCUAAUCAAAAGCCUCCAUCUGCCGAGUUUAAGGUGGUGAAGGCCCAAAUACAGGAGCAGAAACUUCUCCAGAGAUUGCUAGAUGAUCGCAAACCCACUGUUGAAUUGAUCAAGCGUGAAGGGGGGAAAAUCGCAGAGUCAGCAGAGCCUGCUGAUAAAGAGAAGAUCUUGAAACAGCUGAGCCUCCUGGAUAGCAGAUGGGAUGCAUUGCUUGAUAAAGCAGAAACAAGGAAUCGCCAGUUGGAAAGUAUCUCAGUUGUGGCCCAGCAGUUCCAUGAAGCUUUAGAACCAUUGGUGGAAUGGCUCACUGCCACAGAAAAGAGGCUUUCAAAUUCAGAACCCAUUGGUACACAGGCUUCCAAACUACAAGAACAGAUUUCUCAACAUAAAACCUUAGAGGAAGACAUCACCACUCACAAUAAAAACUUGCAGCAAGCUAUUUGUAUUGGUCAUGCUUUAAAGACUUUGAGCUCCAGAGAGGAUAAAGAAAUGGUCCAGGAGAAACUAGAUUCUUCAGAGGCUCGGUAUACUGAGAUUCAAGAGAAAGGCAACAGUAGGGCUGGGCUUCUUCAACAAGCCUAUUGCAAUGCUCAGAUUUUUGGAGAGGAUGAAGUUGAACUGAUGAAUUGGCUGAAUGAAGUGCAUGAAAAACUGAGCAAGCUGGCAGUCCAAGACUACAGUACUGACUUACUAAGGAAGCAACACUCUGAAAUACUGGUUCUUCAAGAAGAGAUUCUGCUCAGAAAGCAGAAUGUUGACCAGGCUAUACAAAAUGGUUUGGAGCUCCUCAAGCAAACUACAGGUGAUGAAGUUGUCAUAAUUCAGGACAAAUUGGAAGGCAUUAAAGCACGAUACAAGGACAUCACAAAGCUCAGCUCUGAUGUGGCCAAGACUUUAGAACAGGCUCUACAGCUUUCAGAUCAGCUGCAAUCAGUUCAUGAGAAACUCUGCACUUGGCUUGACAAAGUGGAGGUAGAAUUACUUUCAUAUGAUUCCCAAGUCCCGAAAGGGAAAGAGAUGAAUCAAGUGCAGGAAAGACAUAAGGAACUGAAGAAAGAAGCAAAGGACAAUAAGGGCUUAUUGGAUACCCUCAAUGAAGUCAGCAGUGCUUUGUUGGAACUGGUGCCAUGGAGGGCACGAGAAGGGAUAGACAAGAUGGUUACAGAAGACAAUGGACGUUACAGAUCAGUGAAUGAAAGUAUUACUCAGAAAGUGGAAGAAAUUGAUGCUGCCAUUUUAAGAUCGCAGCAGUUUGAUCAAGCAGCUGAUGCUGAAUUAGCCUGGGUUGAAGAAACAGAAAAGAAACUGAUGUCUCUGGGUAAUAUUAGGCUUGAACGUGACCAGACCACUGCUCAGCUACAAGUUCAAAAGGCAUCCACCAUGGAGAUUUUGAAACACAAGGACACAAUAGAAGAACUUGUUACAUCUGGGGACGAGAUUAUGAAGACGUGCACAGAAGAGGAGAAGCAAACAAUGAAGAAGAAGCUGGAAAGUAUUUUAGAGAAAUAUGAUACGCUUUGUCAAGUGAACUCCAAGAGGAAUCUGCAGCUGGAAAGGGCUCAGUCUCUAGUUAGCCAGUUCUGGGAGACUUAUGAAGAGAUUUGGCCAUGGUUAACCGAAACAGAAACAGUCAUCUCACAGCUUCCAGCACCAGCUCUUGAAUAUGAAAGUCUAAAGCAGCAACAAGAAGAACAUCGGCAACUACGAGAGUCAAUUGCUGAACACAAGCCUCAUAUAGAUAAGAUGAACAAAACUGGCCCUCAGCUUCUGGAGCUGAGUCCACGGGAAGGUUUUUCAAUCCAAGAGAAAUAUAUAGCAGCUGAUGCCCUUUAUAGUCAAAUAAAAGAAGAUGUCAAAAAGCGAGCUCAGGCUCUGGAUGAGGCCAUUUCUCAGUCUACUCAGUUCCAUGACAAGAUAGAUUCAACCAUUGAGAGUCUGCAGCGGAUCGUGGAACGUUUGAGACAGCCACCUUCAAUCUCUGCUGAAGUUGAGAAGAUUAAAGAACAGAUCAGUGAGAAUAAGAAUGUGUCUGUGGACUUGGAAAAACUCCAGCCUGUGUAUGAAACACUCAAACAGCGUGGGGAAGAGAUGAUUGCACGUUCGGAAGGAGCUGAUAAGGACAUAUCUGCUAAAGUGGUCCAAGAUAAGCUCAGUCAAAUGAUUUUGAUCUGGGAAGACAUCCAUACCCUGGCUGAAGAAAGAGAGGCCAAACUGCUUGAUGUCAUGGAAUUAGCAGAGAAAUUCUGGUGUGAUCACUUGGCCCUUGUGGCUACUAUUAAAGAUACUCAGGAUUUCAUCAGAGAGCUAGAAAGAGCUGGUAUUGACCCCUCAGUAGUGAAACAACAGCAAGAAGCAGCAGAGACUAUCAAAGAAGAGAUAGAUGGAUUACAGGAAGAACUAGAUGCCGUUGUGAACCUUGGCUCUGAACUCAUAGCUUCUUGUGGAGAACCUGACAAGCCUUUAGUCAACAAGAGCAUAGAUGAGCUAAAUUCUGCUUGGGAUAGUUUAAACAAAUCAUGGAAAGAGCGUGUUGACAAGCUUGAGGAGGCCAUGCAGGCUGCUGUUCAGUAUCAAGACGGGUUGCAGGCUGUAUUUGACUGGGUGGAUAUUGCUGGCAGUAAAUUGGCUUCAAUGUCACCAGUUGGAACAGACCUAGAAACAGUGAAACAGCAAACAGAAGAACUGAAGCAAUUUAAGAAAGAAGCCUAUCAACAACAGAUAGAAAUGGAACGGCUAAAUCACCAAGCCGAGCUAUUGCUAAAGAAGGUGACAGAAGAGAGUGAUAAGCACACUGUACAAGAUCCUUUGUCUGAACUGAAGCUAUUGUGGGAAAGUCUGGAGGAUAAAAUUGUUAGCCGACAGCAUAAGCUGGAGGGCGCCUUGUUAGCUUUGGGGCAGUUCCAGCAUGCUUUAGAUGAGUUGCUGACAUGGCUGACACACACAGAAGACCUGCUGAAUGAUCAGAAGCCUGUGGGUGGGGACCCGAAGGCUAUUGAGAUUGAACUCGCCAAACAUCAUGUGCUGCAAAAUGAUGUCUUAGCUCACCAGUCUACUGUGGAAACAGUUAAGAAAGCAGGAAAUGACCUGAUUCAAUCAAGUGCUGUUGAAGAAGCAAGUAGUCUACAAAGCAAGCUGGAACUUCUGCAUCAACGAUGGCAAAAUGUGCUGGAAAAAACAGGGAAAAGAAAACAGCAGCUGGACAGUGCAUUGAUCCAGGCACAGGGUUUCCAUGGUGAAAUUGAAGAUCUGCAACAGUGGCUGACAGAAACCGAACGUCAGCUUUUGGCAUCGAAGCCUGUUGGUGGUUUACCAGAGACUGCAAGAGAGCAGCUUAAUACCCAUAUGGAGCUUUGUGCUGCCUUCAAUGCUAAAGAAGAAACGUUUAAAUCUCUAAUGCAAAAGGGCCUACAGAUGCUUCAAAGCCGUCCAGAGUCUGUUGAAACAAAUGUUGAGCAAGACAUAAAUAACCUCAAAGAAAAAUGGGAAUCUGUAGAAACAAAGCUCAGUGAAAGAAAGAUCAAACUAGAAGAAGCCCUCAGUUUAGCAAUGGAGUUUCACAAUUCACUGCAGGACUUCAUCAACUGGCUUACUCAAGCUGAGCAAACCUUGACUGUGGCUUCUCGGCCAAGUCUUAUCUUGGACACUGUUUUGUUUCAAAUUGAUGAACACAAGGUCUUUGCCAAUGAAGUGAAUGCCCACCGUGAUCAGAUUAUUGAGCUAGACAAAACUGGAACACAUUUGAAAUAUUUCAGCCAGAAACAGGAUGUUGUCCUCAUUAAGAAUCUGCUGAUCAGUGUCCAGAGUAGGUGGGAAAAAGUAGUUCAGCGUUUAGUGGAAAGAGGAAGAAGUUUGGAUGAUGCAAGGAAGCGUGCAAAGCAGUUCCAUGAAGCUUGGCACAAACUUACAGAAUGGCUAGACGAGUCAGAAAAGGCUUUGGAUACAGAGCUUGAAAUUGCAAACGAUCCAGACAAAAUUAAGAUGCAGCUUGCCCAGCACAAGGAGUUCCAAAAAGCCCUUGGAGCAAAACAUUCUGUAUAUGACACCACCAACAGAAGUGGCCGUUCCUUAAAAGAAAAAACUUCCCUUGCUGAUGACAAUUUGAAACUGGAUCAUAUGCUAAGUGAACUCAGAGACAAAUGGGAUACAGUCUGUGGAAAAUCUGUAGAAAGACAAAAUAAACUGGAAGAAGCCCUUCUCUUUUCUGGACAAUUUACUGAUGCUCUUCAGGCUCUCAUAGAUUGGCUUUACAAAGUGGAACCGCAGUUGGCCGAAGAUCAGCCUGUGCAUGGAGACAUUGAUUUAGUGAUGAACUUAAUAGAUAACCACAAAGGCUUCCAGAAAGAACUGGGAAAGAGGACAAGCAACAUCCAGGCUCUGAAACGCUCUGCCCGUGAACUGAUAGAAAGUAGCCGUGAUGAUUCUUCCUGGGUAAAAGUCCAAAUGCAAGAACUCAGCACUCGGUGGGAUACAGUGUGUGCGUUGUCUGUCUCGAAGCAAACACGGUUGGAACAGGCCCUCCACCAGGCUGAGGAAUUCCACUCUGUGGUGCAUGUUCUCUUGGAAUGGCUGGCUGAGGCUGAGCAGGCCCUUCGUUUCCAUGGUGUUCUCCCAGAUGAUGAAGAGGCUCUGCGUACACUAAUAGAACAACAUCGAGAGUUUGUGAAGAAACUGGAAGAAAAAAAGGCUGAGCUAACUAAAGCCACAGGUAUGGGAGAGGCUAUCCUGGCUAUCUGCCACCCAGACUCCAUCACGACCAUUAAGCACUGGAUAACAAUCAUCCGAGCAAGGUUUGAAGAGGUGUUAGCCUGGGCAAAGCAACAUCAACAGAGAUUGGCAGGAGCCUUGGCUGCCCUUAUUGCUAAUCAGGAGCUGUUGGAAGCAUUAUUGUCCUGGCUACAGUGGGCAGAGACAACUCUCACGGAAAAGGAUAAGGAGGUCAUUCCUCAGGAGAUUGACGAUGUCAAAGCACUUAUUGCUGAGCAUCAGACAUUCAUGGAGGAAAUGACUAGAAAGCAGCCUGAUGUGGAUAAGGUUACUAAGACACAUAAAAGAAAAGCAGCUGAAACAGGUCCAAUCCAGUCUCAUAUUCCUGUGCUUGAUAAAGGUAGAGGAGGAAGAAAGCGUUCCCCGACACCAAGCAUAUAUCCUUCAGGCUCUCAGGCCCAAAUUGAAACCAAGAACCCACGGGUAAACCUCUUAGUCAGUAAAUGGCAGCAAGUCUGGCUUUUGGCGCUGGAAAGAAGAAGGAAACUUAACGAUGCUUUAGACCGAUUAGAGGAGCUGAGGGAAUUUGCCAACUUUGAUUUUGAUAUUUGGCGGAAAAAGUAUAUGCGCUGGAUGAACCAUAAGAAAUCUCGAGUAAUGGACUUCUUUAGGAGGAUAGAUAAAGAUCAAGAUGGAAAGAUAACGAGGCAGGAGUUUAUUGAUGGGAUUCUUUCUUCAAAGUUUCCUACUAGUCGAUUGGAAAUGAGUGCAGUAGCAGAUAUAUUUGACAGAGAUGGUGAUGGAUAUAUUGACUAUUACGAGUUUGUAGCAGCACUUCAUCCAAAUAAGGAUGCAUAUAAGCCUCUGACAGAUGCAGAUAAAAUUGAAGAUGAGGUAACAAGGCAAGUAGCAAAAUGUAAAUGUGCAAAGCGAUUCCAGGUGGAGCAGAUUGGUGAUAACAAGUAUAGAUUCUUCCUGGGAAAUCAGUUUGGUGAUUCCCAGCAACUCCGUCUUGUCCGUAUUCUGAGAAGUACUGUAAUGGUUCGAGUUGGAGGUGGAUGGAUGGCAUUAGAUGAGUUCCUAGUGAAAAAUGAUCCCUGCAGAGUUCAUCAUCAUGGGAGUAAAAUGUUACGUUCGGAAUCAAACUCUUCAAUUACCACUCAGCCUACUAUAGCAAAGGGGAGGACGAACAUGGAGCUGCGUGAGAAGUUCAUCUUGGCUGAGGGAGCGAGCCAAAGCAUGGCUGCCUUCCGAGCCCGGGGGCGCAGAUCACGACCGUCUUCAAGGGGUGCUUCGCCCAACAGGUCCACAUCAGUAUCAAAUCCACCUGCUCAAGGAGGUCCAGCGCCAGCACCAGUUGCUGCCAGCACACCUAAGACACCCCAUCAUUUAACACGCAACUAUGGUAAACCAUGGUUGAUAAACAGCAAAACGUCAUCUCCUUGUAAACCACCAGAGUGCCCUGAAUAUCAAGUGUCAUCCUCAGAGGGGACCCCAAUACAAGGAAGUAAACUUAGAAUGCCAGGAUAUUUAUCAGGGAAGGGUUUCCACUCUGGAGAAGACAGUGGCCUAAUUUCAACAGCAGCGACAAGAGUCAGGGCACAUUUUGCAGAAACUAGAAGAACACCAAGCAGGCCGGGAAGUCGGACAGGAAGCAAGGCAGGCAGUAGAGCGAGCAGCCGCCGGGGCAGUGAUGCAUCAGACUUUGACAUUUCAGAAAUCCAGUCUGUGUGCUCAGACACGUCAGAGACUGUCCAUACCCCAAUCAGACCAACUCCACGGCCAAAUUCUAGGUCAGCAUCCGGCAAGCCUUCCAAAAUCCCAACUCCCCAAAGAAGAUCACCUGCCAGCAAGUUAGAGAAAUCCUCCAAGAGAUAAUGCCAUGGGCUUGUCACAGUCUUCUUUUCCUGUGCAUUAAAUAUUUAAGUUUGUAAGAUGUAAAAUAUUCUGUAGAAAUUAUUGUGAAAUAUUACAAGAGUUGGAUUUUUAAUUUCGCAGAUGGCCUUAUUUGUGUAUUUGUCUUGUUUAUUUUAUGUGUAUAAUUUUUCUCAAUUUUUUGUUUGUUUAUGCCAUAUCCUAUGUGAACAGGAGAAAGGUUUUGUUAAUGUAAACUAACAGGUGGUUGCAGUAACAUGUAGAGAGAUCACUAAAAGCAAUUGCUGAAUGUACAGUUAAGUCUUUGCGUCCUAAGUCUACGGGGCUUGUUGCGUCACCAUUAACAGGGAAGGAUACCUCAUUACUUGUCUUAAGACAAAUAAAAAAAGAAAAGAAAAAUUAUCCACUUUGAGCUAACAGAGUGGACACGAAAAGGCAUGUGGCAGGGAUGCUAAGGAACAGGAGACACAGUACACACUGCAAACAAUCGACAGCAUUGUCCAGAGAAUUCACAAAUAAUGUUAUUUAAAGAACACUUGCCCGUACUACAGUACUCUAAUAUGUUGCAUCAUUUUCUGCGCCAUUGCGUUAAAGAGGGCAGAAUCAAUCUGGAUACUAGAAUUAUUACACUUGCAGCAGAAUGACAGUAUAAUCUGCAUUCAUAUCAAUGUGAGGUUUUCUUUUGCUUGAGUGGAUGAUAGCACUGUAUCACUGGACUCAUUUUAUAUCAGAGUAGUCUUGCUUGCAAAAAGAACAAAAAGAAUUCUAUGAAAUAAAUCUUGACCCUUCUCUUUGUUGCUUUUGUAUUCCUUAUAUCCCAGGGAGAUUCAUGUUCAGUGUCAUGUUUACAAUACUGUGAAAUCUGAAAGCUCCAACCGUUACUUUCAGGACAAACUUUAUUGUAUUUUUCCCGUUCUCUGCCACAUUUCAAGCAAUUACUGUAUUCUUUUAAUAAAACAAUGUUUACAUAUCAGUGGA